AUGUUUGUGAGCACAUAUGGAAUCGUGAGCUUGAUAGAGUUCUUCGUAUUAGAAGAGCUACCAAAAGCGGCCAUCGAGAUACAUCAAGUUAGACCUUAUCUUGCACGAGCAGGGAUGCUGGGAGUGGCAGCAUUGUCAUACUUUCUUAUUGACCACCAGUUAAUUUCAGGAUUAGUUGAGCGGUGGAGACCUAAAACACACACUUUUCACAUGACAUUUGAAGAGUGUACAAUUACAUUGGAAGAUGUUUCAAUUUUACUUAGUCUUAAGGUACAUGGUGACCCAAUUACAGAUUGUUCUACAUAUAGAUGGGUUUCACUUGUUGAAGACUUGUUUGGAAUUACACCACCACCAGCUACAAUUAAAGGUGGAAGGCUAAUUAUGAGUUGGGUUGAUCAAUACUUUUUUGAUGUGUCCAUGCAUGUCCACAGUGUGCAACAAAUGGAACGAUAUGUCUGA